AAGACAGCACGUCUUCAAAAUCAGGCUAGCGUACUUAAGAAAAAAUUGAGUGCCAUGCUAGCCAAGAACGUGUCAAUCGCAGAAGAAGAUUUCAAUGCAAAAGUAGCUCUCCUACCAGAGAAGCAGCGUGAGGCAACUCUCCACAUAUUCAAAGCUUCCUCACGGAAGAGCACUAAAGGCAUGAUAUUUUCAAAUGAGUGGGUGCUCGAAUGUUUGAUUAUGAAGCUGAAAAGUGCAAAGUUGUAUGAGCACUUGAGAAAAGAAAAAAUCUUAGUUCUCCCCAGUAAGACUACGCUUCGCAAAUAUUUAAAAUGUUACAGAACUGGGUUUGGAUUCAGCAAUAAAUCUUUGAUGUGCUGAAACAAAAGACUUGCACUAUGGACGAGUUUUCAUGCCAUGGAGGACUCAUCGUGGAUGAACUGAAACUCUCGGAGCACCUCUCAGUGAACAGUGAAGGCCGCAUUGAUGGCUUCGUUGACUUGGGACAGUUUACGUCUGACAAAGAUAAGCACAGUGUCUGUGAUCACGGUAUGGUGAUAAUGUUUGUGCCCUUGUUGGAAAAUGGACGCAAAUACUCGCUGCAUUUGCGACUCAUGGAAACAUAAAUGGGAGCCUGCUGACGAAGAUAAUGCUUGAAGCCGUCAUUUUAGCUGAGAAGGCCGGACUCAAGGUUGAUUUCAUUACAUCUGAUGGUGCCACUUGGAAUCGGAAAAUGUGGUCUGUGAUGGGCAUCAAAGCAUCACUGACAGAAACGAAAUGCAGCACAUUGCAUCCAGUGGACCCAACGCGCAAACUCCAUUUUCUGUCGGACUUUCCUCAUCUAAUUAAGUGCCUGAGGAAUGGACUACUAAGGUCGGACUACGAAACACCUGAGGGCCGGGUAUCUUUAGAAUUCGUACGCAAAGCUUUGGCACUGGAUGGUUGCAGUGUGACAUUGCAGGCAAUGCAUGGAAUCACCGAAAGCCACACGAAUCCCAACAAUUUCGAAAAGAUGCGAGUAUCAUUAGCUUUUCAGCUUUUCGGAGAAAAAGUGAUUCAUGGUCUGCAGCUGUACAAGUCCGGAAUUGAAGAUGCCUGUGGUGACAUAACAGCUACACUGAAGUUUUUCAAGAUCAUCCAUGACCUUGUGCAAAUGAUGACUUCACGAUUUCCAGCUGAAGCGCUGCGCCCAAAUUCAGCAAGUGUUGAGAAGCUGCAAUCGUUUUGGUAG